AUGGAGGCCAUCAAGAAAAAGAUGCAGAUGCUGAAACUGGACAAGGAGAACGCCAUUGACCGCUCAGAGCAAGCGGAGGCCGACAAGAAGCAGGCGGAGGACCGCUGCAAGCAGCUGGAGGAGGAACAGCAGGGCCUGCAGAAGAAGCUGAAGGGCACAGAGGAGGAGGUGGAGAAGUACUCCGAGUCUGUCAAGGAGGCCCAGGAGAAGCUGGAGCAGGCGGAGAAGAAAGCUACAGACGCUGAGGCUGAAGUGGCUUCUCUGAAUCGCCGUAUCCAGCUGGUGGAGGAGGAACUGGACCGAGCUCAAGAACGCCUGACCACUGCCCUGCAGAAGCUGGAGGAGGCUGAGAAGGCAGCUGAUGAGAGCGAGAGAGGCAUGAAGGUCAUUGAAAACAGGGCCAUGAAGGACGAGGAGAAGAUGGAGCUCCAGGAAAUGCAGCUGAAGGAGGCGAAGCACAUAGCAGAGGAGGCUGACCACAAAUACGAGGAGGUUGCCCGCAAGCUGGUUGUCCUUGAGGGAGAGCUGGAGCGCUCAGAGGAGAGGGCAGAGGUAGCGGAGAGUAAAUGUGGUGAUCUAGAGGAGGAGCUGAAAAUUGUCACCAACAACUUGAAGUCCCUGGAGGCCCAGGCUGACAAGUAUUCCACCAAGGAGGACAAGUAUGAGGAGGAAAUCAAGCUUCUAGGUGAAAAGCUGAAGGAGGCUGAGACCCGUGCGGAGUUUGCAGAGCGGUCUGUGGCGAAGCUGGAGAAAACCAUCGAUGAUCUAGAAGAUGAAGUGUAUGCGCAGAAGAUGAAGUACAAAGCCAUCAGUGAGGAGCUGGACAAUGCACUUAAUGACAUCACCUCCCUCUGAGCCCCCUGCUGGGCACUAACAUCACAC